UACUCUGCAAGGGCCACAAGAGGAAACUGGAGCUCUUCUGUCAGGAUGAUCAGCAGCUUGUGUGUCUGGUGUGUCGAGACUCAAAACUACACAAAACUCACAACUUCAGUCCUGCUGGAGAAGCUGCCUCUGAGAUGAAGGAGGAGCUCAAGGCCAAACUGGAGCCUCUACAGGAGAAGCUGAAGGAGUUUGAGAAAGCUAAAGUUACCUGUGAUGAAACAGCUGAGUACAUUAAGACUCAAACCCAGAAUACAGAGAAGCAGAUCAAGGAGGAGUUUGAGAGGCUUCAUCAGUUUCUAAGAGAUGAAGAGGCAGCCAGGAUUGCUGCACUGAGGGAGGAAGAGAAGCAGAAGAGUCAGAUGAUGAAGGAGAAGAUUGAGAAGAUGAGCAGAGAGAUCUCAUCUCUUUCAGACUCAAUCAGAGCCAUAGAGGAGGAGAUGGGAGCUAAUGACAUCAUAUUCCUGCAGAACUACAAGAACACGGUGGAAAGAGCCCAGUGCACACUGCAGGAUCCAGAGAGGGUUUCAGGAGCUCUGAUCAAUGUGGCAAAGCACCUGGGCAACCUGAAGUUCAGAGUCUGGGAGAAGAUGAAGAAGAUUGUUCAGUACACUCCUGUCACUCUGGACCCCAACACAGCACACCCAAACCUGCUUCUGUCGGGGGAUCUGACCAGCAUGAGACUCUGUUACUAUGGGACACGGCGACCUCCCCAUGACCCUGCGCGGUUCUCAUACCACACCUGUGUCCUGGGCUCCGAGGGCUUCGACUCAGGCACGCACUGCUGGGAUGUGGAGGUGGGGGACAGCAACGGCUGGGAUGUGGGGGUGAAAACAGCGUCCAGCACGAGGCUGGGAUGUACGUCGUCUCGUACCUCUGGUGUCUGGCGCCUGUUUCAGGUCAGGGGUCAAUAUACAGCAGCUGAUUCGACCCAACAGCGCUCCCUGCUGGCAGUGAGACAGAAACCCCAGAGGAUCAGAGUGCAGCUGGACUGGGACAGAGGGAAGCUCUCAUUCUCUGACCCUGACAAUAACACACACUUACACACGUUCACACACACUUUCACUGAGAGUGUCUUGCCUUACUUCUGGACUGGGUUAAGCUCCUCGUCAUCUCUCAGGAUCUUACCGGUGAAGGCUGCAAUUACAGUAGGGCAGCUCAGCUAGAGCACAGGCUCCUGUUGCAGCAAACUAAUGGAGGGAAAACACUUCAGUAAAAGUGCAUUAGUAUUUUUGCAGUUCAAAAAUUUUUUUUGUCAUCUGAAACAUUGACAAUUUCACAUAAUAAAUGGUAUAGUGUUAAUAUGCUAAUCUUGCUUAAUUUGAACACCUACUCAAUGUUGUAAAUACUCUUCUCAUAUGAUGCAUUAAACCUGUGCUAUUUUCUUACUUAAGUCAUCUUGGUGUUUUAACUUUACUUUGAAUUAGGGCAACAUGUGUUAGCACUUGUAAGCACUUUGUAACCGGUUCCCACAGUACACCUGAAAUUCAGUGACUGUUACUGCCCUCACUGCAAACUCGGAGGACCCUACUGUACUUUAGAAAUCCCGACCUCCUUGCCAGGGUUAUAAAUAAUUUUGAUGUUGAUCAGAUGUAAUGCUGCAGAAGUGCGGUGGAUCUACUCUUUUGUGAAGCAGCCGCAAUAUGGAUU